CCAUGUUGCACUGUGCUAUCGGUGUUAUGCAAUGCGAUAGGGUACUGAAAGGGCACUACCGUUAGCAGUUGAAGUUGUUGCACGGCAGUGUAUGAUGUAAAACAGCUCGUUUGCUUGCUAUCCGAGGGCAUACAAGCGUGAAGCCAGUAGAACGGUCUGUUUCAAUGCCGCACAACUAUUGCUAACGUCGCAGACAGGCAGUUUUUAAACGCAUUAGAUUCUAGCUAACUUUGACAGGCCUUCCACGCCAAGAACAAGCGAGUAGUAAGUAGCUCUAACCGGUUACAUUAUCCCACCUAGUCAUGUCUUUUGUGUCGGCUUCAAGGCGGCUGGUAACAUUAACUGCGUCUAAUAGUUCGGCAGUCAGCAGAUGUUUCACAGUUAACGCUUUUUCAAGAAAAACACCCGCAUGUCUACAAUCUCAGGCACUCAGAGGAAUAUGUUCCAGUCACGUUACUCAGCCGCUAAGGUCAGAAAACAAGAUAACAGUAAAUUUCAUUAAUCGUGACGGGGAGAAAAUCACGGUGAAGGGGAACCCCGGCGACACCUUGCUGGAUGUAAUCAUUGACCAAGACUUGGACUUUGACGGCUUUGGUGCUUGUGAGGGGACCCUGGCUUGUUCCACUUGCCAUGUCAUAUUCGAUGAGGAAGUGUUCAAGCAGCUGGGGCCAGUUACGGACGAGGAAAUGGACAUGUUGGACCUGGCCUAUGGCCUGACAGACACGUCUCGUCUGGGUUGCCAGAUUUGCCUGACUAAGUCACUAGAGGGCAUGACUGCACGGGUGCCAGAUGCUGUAGCUGACAUCAGACAGUCUGAUGGCUCUGCUUAGUGUUUUCCGCCCCCUGCUGUUCAGCCUGUGAAACUGCAAACGUAGCCAGCUGCAAGUGACUGUACAUCAUGACUAGAACUGCAAUGGCAAGGCGUUAACACCAGAGUCCUGUUGUUUUCCCCCCACAUGCGUGUUGCCUUACCGUGCUGACUUCUGUCCAGUGAGUUAAGGCACAGACAGCAUCAUGUGAUGCAAUUUGAUUGGAGGUUUCAACAAGAAAAGCGAGAAAUUUGAAUGCAAAUUAAAAUGUACCUCUUCCUGAAAUGCAAAACAUGGGGUUAGCCUUAAGGUGAAUGUUCCAGACUUGAACUAACCUGCUUUUUAAUGUACCAUAAUAAUGUAAAGGUUGAGAACGAUUUCAGGAUAUUGUAGUAGAAUAUUAUACUCACUCAUUCUGGGUACUGUACAUCUUCUUACGAAUUCAAGUAAAUAUUAGCCAUUUCAUAAAUGUAUUAUAGUAUAUUAUAAAAACAAAAGACUCGAUAUAUUGAAAUAAAUAGUUUGUCUUUGUAAUUCUAUUUCCGUCCUUUUAAAUACAGUAUGCUGUAUACUUCU